GGGGUGACGGCUAAGGGGCUGCUGCUCCGGGCGGCCGCGGCCGCGAAGGGGCUUAGGGAAGACCUGGGGGCCGCGGCCGCCCGGCCUUGGAGGGGCCUGUCCCCGAUCCCCAAGCCUGGAGAAGAGGAGGCGGCGGCUGCUGGACAUGAGUUCCUACUGCCAAAUGAAAGAAACUUUCAUAAUGCUGCUAAAAGCAAUAAUUUGGAUCUUAUGGAGAAGCUGUUUGAAAAGAAGGUUAACAUUAAUGCCGUGAACAAUAUGAACCGCACAGCUCUGCAUUUUGCAGUAGGAGGAAAUCAUUUAUCUGCAGUGAAUUUCUUGCUUGAUCACAAGGCCAGGGUGGAUGUUGCUGACAAGCACGGCUUGACAGCAAUUCACCUUGCAGCCUGGUCUGGAAGCCUCGAGAUCAUGCUCAUGCUGGUUAGAGCUGGAGCUGACCAGAGAGCCAAGAAUCAGGAUGGAAUGAAUGCCCUCCACUUUGCAGCUCAGAGCAAUAGUGUGCGCAUUGUGGAGUAUCUCAUUCAAGAUCUGCACCUGAAGGACCUGAACCAGCCUGAUGAGAAAGGAAGAACACCGUUUCAUUUGGCAGCUGAGAGGGGCCACGUUGAAAUGAUAGAAAAACUUAUCUUUUUUAAUCUUCACACUUCAGAAAAAGACAAGGAGGGAAACACUGCCCUGCACCUUGCUGCAAAGCAUGGUCACAGUCCCGCAGUGCAGUUGCUGCUAACUCAGUGUCAAGAAAUAAAUGAGACCAAUGAGCUCAAUGUCAGUGGUUUGGCGAUAGCAACCCAGAAUGGUCAUGCGUCCCUGGUCAACUUUCUUCUCAAUGAGAAUGUUGAUCUGCACCAGAAAGUGGAACCUAAGGAGUCCCCUCUUCAUUUAGCUGUUAUCAACAACCAUAUCACAGUUGUAAACAGCUUACUAAGUGCACAGCAUGACAUUGACAUCUUAAAUCAGAGGCAUCAAACUCCUCUGCAUGUAGCUGCCGACCUUGGAAAUGUGGAGCUGGUGGAAGCCCUUCUGAAGGCCGGCUGUGACUUGAAGGUUGUCGAUAAGCAAGGAAAGACAGCCCUGGCUGUGGCCUCCAGGAGCAACCACAGCCUUGUUGUGGACAUGCUCAUUAAAGCAGAGAGAUACUAUGCCUGGAGAGAGGAGCAUCAUGAGAGUGCCAGGGACCCAUCAGCAGGCUCUACUCUGACAUUCAAGCAAGAUCACAGUCUGGAGACCAGGCAUGUUCGCACGCUCCUCUGGAACCUGGCUUACCAUCAGCUGAAGGCCAAUGAGUGGCAGAGACUGGCCCGUUUGUGGAACUUUACAGAUGACCAGAUCAGAGCCAUUGAAGAGCAGUGGUCAGGAAAUGAAAGCUUCCGUGAACAUGGCCACCGGGCUCUGCUCAUCUGGCUGCACGGGGCCCUGAUGACACAGGCUGAUCCGGCCAAGCACCUGUAUGAAGAGCUGGUGCGCACAGGUUUCCCAGAAUUGGCUGGAAAAAUUCGUCAAUUCAAAAGCAAAACCGACUCAAGCUCUAAGAAAUGUGAAGUUUCAUAAAUGCUUAAAGAAACUGUAUUUGAAUGAUUUUUCUCCCUGCAUUCAGUUCUUUUCAAUUCAAUUCUUUUAAUGCCAUAAAUAUCUUCUAGCAGUAAUAAUGAUUUUCCUUUCAACUUUGAAGAUGGUGGUGACAGGAUUCUCUAGCACUGUAAAGAGAGUAAUACUAUUAUGCUUUCCAACCACUGAAAAGUCAAAUGUUCUUUUUGGUUUUUGCUUAAAGCAAGUUGUGUAUGGUUUUCCCAUUUCUGUCAUUUGAUGCAACACAUGUAACAGCAUAAUCUAGGAGGGUUUUGUAUAUCAUGUUUUUAAAAAAACUGAUGGUGGGAGCAGUAUCACGGUAUAUGGAAAAACCAAGGGUUUUAGAAUACAUAGAUAAGGUUUUGAAAUUGGUUUUGCUAUGUUGUAGCUGUGAGCCUUUGGGCAUGUUAAUAUUAUGUAAGUUCUUAGAUCUUUAGUUUCCUUUGCUAUAAAAUGGGGAAUGUCUACCCACUCCGUAGUGUGGGAGCGAAGAUGAAGGGAGAAGGGCUCUGAAAUGCCUAACCUCACACCUAUAGUAUGGAUAUCAUAAACUGUUAGUUAUUUCUCUUCAGUUAGAGAAACUGGGUUUGGAAAUUUAGUAACUAUUGGCUUUAAAUCACACAUGUGUGUAACAUAUUACUUAGAAAACACCAGAAGUAUAUACACCGAUAUAUUUUUUAUCUCUUAGUGAUGUGAUUACAGGUGAUUUUUAUUUUCUUUGUACUUUUUGAUACAUUCUAUUCCCCCCCCCAUAAUGGACAUGCAUUAUUUUUGUAAUCUGAGAGUUACAAAAUAAAUGUGAAGUAUCAAUUUGUAUCAA